CCCAGCAGACCGAGGCAGAGUGCCUGUGCUGGAGGAACGGCUUGUGUAACAGCUGUAUCAGCCAGUCGCACCGAAAGCAACCAGUUGCGCCAGCACCGUGCCUUGUUGAAAUGUCCAGUACGCAGAGGAGGCGGCGCAUGCAGCGGCCUCUCAGCGCGACAGGGGCCGAUAACUAGUAGAGGAUAUUCGGACACAGUUUGUGAACAACGGUGUUUACAUGCUUGUGUUUUUACCGCAGCUGUAGCCACUUCUUGGAGGAAUGAGAGGCCUAUGUUCGGCUCUAAAAAUGGGAUUGUUUUUGCACGCCGUUGGCUCUGUCACCCCCACCGAGUCCGCAGUAGACAGGAGCCUACUGCACUGUGAAGGUGUUAACAACCAGAGCUACGUCUGUGAGUCUGGACACUGCUGCGGAGAGUCUCAGUGCUGCAGCUACUACUAUGAGCUCUGGUGGUUUUGGUUGGUGUGGGCAAUCAUCUUCAUUUUGAGCUGCUGCUGCGUGUGCCACCAUCGCCGCACCAAACACCGGCUGCAGCAGCAACAACGGCAGCACGAGAUCAACCUCAUAGCUUACCGUGAAGCACACAACUACCCCUCUGUGCCCUUCUACUUCAGGUUUCUGCCAAACUACCUCCUGCCUGACUAUGAAGAGGUGGUCAACCGGCCACCGACCCCUCCCCCUCCCUACAGUGCCUUACACACAGGCCCAUCCUCAGUGGCUUCGAGUCCACUUGCCUCAGAGCAGCAGGAGGGACACUGUCCAACCAUCCAGCCCACUCCAGUGCCCCAAGUCUCUGACAGUCUGUGUUGCAGACCCAGCAUAGAGGAGCCACAACCUCCCACUUUAGACUUUAGGCCAAAGCCUGACAACAAGCCCAUGCAGACAGCACAAGAUUCAGGCAUGAUACUGUUGUCAGAUGGGCUCAAUAGGGAGGGACUCACCAGCCAGGAAAAAAGAAGCGGAAGUGGGGAAGAGUCCUGCAAGGACCCGUUGCUGAAAGACCUGUCAGAGGGUUGCGCUGAGGACAAAGAUCGACUCCCCAAUGGAAGGAGGAGGCGAUUUACAGGGGACUCUGGGAUUGAGGUGUGUGUGUGCGGCACACGUGGAGGCAGCAGUUGUAGUGGAGCAGGAGAGACAGGCCAGGAAGGCAAGGAGUUGAGGGAGCUAGAGAGCCUCCUGGGGCGCGAGGGAGACGUUGACGACGACGAGGAGGAGGGGGAGGAGGCGGGUGACUUCUGCGACAGCUGCGGUCAUCGGGCCUCCUUCAGCGUGGAGGAGGAGCAGGUGCUGGGCGGGCUGGAGAGGCGGGCCGCACGUGGGCCUUCAGGAUCUCCUCAGCCGGCUCAGCAGAUAGGCAGCGGCUCGCUCCACCCUCCUGUGUGUCUCCUCCUCCACACCAUCAAUGAGCAGGAGGGGCCGCACCACAACACCAGCACUGAGCCGCAGGGCUGAAACACAGCUGACACACCAUUGUCAUCGAGGGAAGGAGAACACUUAGGACAGGACAUGGAGACAUUGCUUUCGUAUUUGAGCAAGUAUUUAUGUCUAAAUGCUUUCUAAGUGAGUAUUUUUAUGAAUGUGUGCAUCUUAGAUAAAACAGGUGUGGGCGCAGGAAGGGGAUUCUCAACUAAAUAAGAGUGAGAUCCAAAGGUUUAGAAAGCCUGGUCCUCCCCACACUGGAACAGUGGCCUUAACCUGUGUAUUUUGGGUUAUACUGGGGCAGUGCAAGCCCUUUAACAGCCUGUGGCAAUUCAGACUUCUCACACUGCACACACGCACGCACACAUGCGCACACACAUACUUGCACACACACACACACACACACACAUAGUCUGUCACAUGUCCCUCAUUUACAAUGGAAGCUACUGACAUAGUCAAAGACUUGAUAGCUGAAGCUGUUAUGUCAGAACAGGACGUUCACUGCCUAGGAUUAAUGCAGCUCUCUAAACACGCACACACACACACAAACACACACACACACAAACACACACACACACACACACAGCAGGAACAUUUUCAAUGAGUGCAAUGUGGAAUUGCCACAGUGUGUGUUUAUGCAAGCUGAUACUGUACAGGGACACCAGAACAAGACUGUGUGGGACAUCCUGUUAGACUCUUGCUUCUCAAGUGCUUUUUCAGCGAUUAAAAACCGCUCUGCCUUGUGUCUGUUUUUGUUGCUCUCUAUCUGCCCCGCCAGUGAUAGAUGAGUAUAAGUGCAUUAACAGAUCUUCAUGUGAGCAGUUCCUAUUUUGCACAAAAUGUAUUUAUCCUCAUAAAUGAAGCUUUUGGCUAGAAAAUCAAAGCAAAAGUUUUUCUUGUUCAUAAAUUCAGUCUUACAUUGCAGUACAUGAUUAGUUUCUUAUGGUUUUGUUGCAACAUCUGUAAAAAAUGGACCUCUGUGAAUUGUUAGUGGGGAAUGCAACACAUUCUCUUUGUAUACAAUCAUUUUUAAACUUAAUUUAAUGAAUGUUUCUAGUAUGUGCCUACCCAAAAAAUGCAGAAUGUUGAUGAACAACAAUAAGCCUCAGUGAAACUGAGAGACCAUCAGAAAGCAAGUACUAAAACCAAGAAAACAAUACUAAGCUUCUUAGAGGUUACAACUGAGACGGGCGACAUCAGAUGUGACACUUUUGUUAGUCACAUCAGUAUCUUACCACCUUCACCAGCUGUACAGUAUGAAAAACAAAGAUUUACUAAAGAUUACUCUUUAUGUUGGAUUUUCAUAUCAGCACAAUUUUUUACCAUACUUUAGUUUUGGUAUUCUAUGAUUAAACAUUUCUAACAGCCUGCUAAAGAGUCCAUUAAAGGAGAUUUUGGUUAACUGAUUUUUACCCGUGUGUGAUGCUGCCAAUCUCCUGCAUUUGUGCUAUUUAAUCUGAGAAAUUCUCCUUUUAGUUUGUGCACACAAUACGUGUAAUAUGAAGCAUUUAACCCCACAGGGUAUUUCAGAACAUUAUUUCACUGACAGCUGCAGCUGUGGGGGUGAGGCAUGAGAACAGAUUGAAAUUAAUGUGUUUUAGAUAAAGAAUAAAUGAGGAAACAAAGAAUCAGAUUAGGUAAUAAAAUAACAGUCUGAUAGUUUUCUGUGUUUUUUUUGUAAUAUGUGAAUAUCUUAACAAGUUUUCACACAACAGGAAUUUUCCGGAGAAGCAUGUUUUUUUUAUGAUUACCAAAAGAGUUUUGGCACAAGAUGUGAUUAAUGAGCAACUUGUGCAAUUCUACAUCAUGGACAUAAAACAAAGACCAUUUAGAAAAAGCACUGAAUAGUGUUGAUUGAUGAUGGAAAAUUGAUUGGCCUCAGGUCAUAUAAUGAACAUGAUGUGUGAAACUUUUUAAGUAAAAUUUUUGUUUGCCCACUCUCUAAAAUGCCAUUGUGUCAUGGAAAUAUAUAUUUUCCAGACCUUUUCUCGGAGCACACUCAAAAAUGCACACAUUGCAAUGUCUGCUGAGCACAACUGUUUUAGCCAUCAAUCUCUCAGAUUGAUCUACAUACCCUGAAACAAUCUUAACAGAAGAUGUUUCCCAAAAAUUUCUAGCACAAGUUAAACUGUAACAUGUGAACUUUAUGUAUUAACGGUAAGGUGAUUGAAACCUGAACACACUCUAAAGUGCUUUAUAUGUUAAUGCUUUUUGUGAACUAGAAAAUGUAAUUGUGGUACAUGUAGUACAAAGAUGAGCUAUUUUUCAUAUCAGCUGAAUCCUUUAAAAAUUACUCAAACUGUAUAAAAUUUCAAAACCACUUUAUAUUUGCAAAUUGAGUACAAUAUUCUGUAACAUGUUUGUGAACCAAAUAGUUACUCUCAUCAUUUUUUUAUGAAAUCAUUAGCUUAAUUGUUAUGGACAGAUUUUCUUUUGUCAUUAUGGGUAUUAUUAUUUUUUCUGUUGAAAAAAGAUUUAACUUCUUAUCCUGAAGAUGUGUGAAGGGUACAUUUGACUAACAAUACAGUAGUUAAUUUGUUAACAAGAUCAGGGGCAUCUUGCCAAAGACACUUUUUAUUUCUUCACUAGUGUGUGUAAGGUGGUUUUGCACAUAUUUUUUGAAUGUUCUGAUCAUAAGCCAUUUAUUACAACUACCAAGAUGGAUGUAUGUUAAAUAAACAUACUCUUAAAUUCAGGCAGAUUUUUGUGUCAUUGUGGCUUUUUCAUUACAGAGUGUUGUUAUCAUAACUGACUGAAGUUCUGUGCGAAGAACUGUACUUGCAUUUCUCAAUACUUAGACUAAAUUAAAAAUAUA